UUGGGAUGUUUAGUGGCUACGACUACACCUACCGUUACCAUAGCUCCAUCACCAUCGAACCCACCCAAAUGCAAUACUGAAACUCCUUAUAUAGCGGUACCGGCUAAUAUCACUAGCCCUAACUAUCCCAAUAACUUUCCACCAUAUGCAAGGUGUUUCUACACUCUCACUACUGAUACCUCCCACAGAAUAAAUCUGACAUUUGGAGCAAUAGACACAAACAAGGAAGAUACUAUUGCCGUUCUUGAUUAUCAUACCGAUAACGUCUAUUACUUUUUGGACAUCUUCAGUGGACAAUUCCCAGCCGGUAACAAGUCCUUCACUUCAACAUGGUAUCGGAUGCUUGUGGAAUUUUUCUCGGAAGGUGGUGCGGGAAGGAAGGGAUUCUCAGCCGUAGCUGUACCUAUUGCUUGA